CUCUCUCCUUCACAACCACAUCUCUUGCCUCCUCCUCUCUUUCGUUCUCUCCCUCCCUCCCUCCCUGUUAGAGGAGAAAGAAAGAGAAAAGCUUGACGAACACAACAACAAUAACGAGAUUCUUGUGAUUUUCCUGUCUUCUCUCUUUCUUGUUUAGUUGAGGUAUUAUUGUUGUUGUUUAUUGUUAUGGGGACUGAGGUUGCAAGGCCACAAGAUUGCCUGAUUGAAAGAAUCAGAGUUUCUCCCUGUCGUCGGAGAAAUUAUUACUAUGGAAACGGAAACGUUUCUAACCCUAACGCUUAUAGCACUAACAGCUACUGCAACAACAGCAACCCUAGGUUUAACAGAAAACCAACAGCGGUUCGGUUUGAGAGAUCGGGCCAGAGAAAGAAACAACCAGAGCCGUCGAUUUCAAAGAAAUCAGGCACUGUUGAUGAUCUCAAGAUCCCCAGGAACAACAAGGUGAUGGAGAAAGUUACGAUUUUACGGAGAGGAGAGUCGCUAGACACGAAGAUCAAGAGCAGCGACACUGCGUCCUUGAAGAAGGAACAAGGAAAUGGUGGUGAUUUUGUUGUUGCUAGCACGGACCGAUUGGGUCCGGACCCCAAGGUGGUUUCAAAACAGAUCAGGAUCGUGGAUCUGAGGUCUCCGGUGAAUGGAAAGUGUGAUAUGUACGCCGGAUCGGCUUUUGCAGUGUCCCCGGCGCCGAGUUCGCUUCCUUUGCCGUCUUUUUCGAAGAAGAAGCAGGUUUCAAUUGAUGACUCGGCCACCAGAGAUCUAAGGCGUUUGCUUCGACUCGAAUGUUGAGACCCGGUUAAUAUCUUCGGGUCCGGAUUCGGGUUAUCUUUCUUUCUCUCUCUCUAGUUCCUCUCUGUUUCGUCCUUGUCAUGUCUCUCUUGGUUUGUGAAGAUCGGAUCCUCCCGUGAGUUUUUUAAAAAACGGGAGGCGGCCCUGAAAAUCAGGGAGAAUAUGGGGGCGAAUUAGCUAAACUUCUGGUAAUUAGGGAGUUGUCUAGGGUUGAGAAAUGAAAAGGAGGAGGGUAUUGGGGGCGAAUGUUGUAAUAUUGGGGGAGUAGGGGGGUUGUGAAGGAAGAAAAUAGUGAAAGUUUGUGGAGUGGUGUGAAGUCUUCGUUAGCCUAAAAAGGAAAGACUUCCCUUCCCCCUGCUGAUGUAUUUUAUGUAAAAUCAAAAUCAAGUUGAAAUAUACGGUCGAUUACCUUUCGGACA